AAGGGAGAGAAGUGUGUUCACUUCCUUUUGCUAAGCCCUUCCUUUCCGGAGAGUGUCUUGGGGGGCAUCUGACUGCUUCCCCCCACCCUCUGCCAGGCAUUGCUGGAGAAUGUUAAGAUGGCGAUGGAGAUGCCAUCAACCCCACCCUGCAGAGCAUCACCAGACACCACCAGACCAAAUUCACUUUCCAGCCCCUUCAUGUUGAACCUGAAACUUGAGCUAGUGUCUUGGGAGAAAAGGGGGAAAUCUCUACGAGGUACCCAUCCUUCUGCACCUUAGGUCUGAGGUGCUUGGCCCCCUAGGAAGCCCUACAUGAAUGGGACAGAAGGUCCUUAACAACACUGGAGAUGAAGCAGCCGAUGCUGUUUUGGACAAAUGAAACAGCGUCCCCUAACCAGCCCUUUCUAUCUCAUUGCUCUGACUUGGACACGCCAUGGCUCACUGCUCCCAAAGUCCCCACUAUGUCUCCCUAGCUGAGGAAAUAAAAGCAGAGAGGGGUGAUGAAACAGUGACGAUCCUGGGGAAACAGCUGAGGAGGGGAGGGAGGGGGAAGAAGCCACUAAAAAAGUGAAAUGGGCUUGGGAGAAUCGGCCUGCCUGCAGGGUAGAUGCCCUUUCUCUCUGCUGGCCAGCUCUGCCCCUCAGUGAGAAACUUUACAUAUUGCUAAGAUGCCUGGCCAAUGAAACAGUUCCAGAGACUUUAUGUCCCCCAGUAGGAAUAUGAAUAGAAAUCACCCUGUGGGCAAUGGUCCCAUUUUAAAAUAUGCUGUCCCAUUGUCCCCUAGAGCCUACUUUAACUUGUCAGACCAUGUAUUCCACUUCAUAUGCAAGAGGCUUGCACUGAGCCCAUAGGUGGCUAGGCAAACACCCAAUAGCUCCCUGAAAUGGCUUCAUUAUGCAGCCUCGACAGCCACCCCAACCCUCCCACUCUCACACUGAAACACCCAGACCUAGAGAUAGCUAGACACACCCAGACACCCGCCAAGCCCCUCACAUACAGAUAUGUGCACAAUGAUACACAGCAAACGUACACAGAGUUCAGUACACACAAAGAGCUCACGCCCACAUGCACACACCCCUCAGGUGGGACAGAGUUGACCACCACCACCUUUCUCCCAAACACAUGGCUUUUGAACUGCCUUUCCUUGGAUCAAGUUCAAGGGGAUGGAGGAGCAGUGAGAGUCAGCCGCCCUUCCACUCCAAUUUCCCAGCACCUCCCUUAUCUCUGCCCCACAAGUCACCCAGCCCCCCUCUCUUCCUUCCUUGUGCUUGAAGAAUCUCUCCUCGCUGGAAAGCCCCCUGUUUUCUCAAUCUCCCUUUCCACUUUGGUAAAAUCUCUACUUGCUGGAAAGCCCCCUGUUUUCUCAAUCUCCCUUUCCACUUCGGUAAAGUGCCCACUUUCUGGUCCCCACCUUUUUCCUGAGAGUAGUCUCAACCAGUCAAAUCCAACCUCAAAACAGGAAGCCCCAAGGCCAGUGACCCCUAUAGGCCCGAGGCUUGUGCAGGCAGUGGGCGUGGGGUAAGGCUUCCUGAUGCCCCCUGUCCCUGCCCAGAACCUGAUGGCCCUCAUUAGUCCUUGGCUCUUAUCUUGGAAGCACAGGCGCUGACAGCCGUCCCAGCCCUUCUGUCUGCGGGCCUGAACCAAACGGUGCCAUGGGGAACUGUCUGCACACGGCGGAGCUCUCCCCCUCAACUGAGAACUCAAGUCAGCUGGACUUCGAAGAUGCAUGGAAUUCUUCCUAUGAUGUGAAUUAUUCCUUCCCAGAUGUAGACUACGAUGCCAACCUGGAAGCAGCUGCCCCCUGCCACUCCUGUAACCUGCUGGAUGACUCUGCACUGCCCUUCUUCAUCCUCACCAGUGUCCUGGGCAUCCUAGCUAGCAGCACUGUCCUCUUCAUCCUUUUCAGACCUCUCUUCCGCUGGCAGCUCUGCCCUGGCUGGCCUGUCCUGGCACAGCUGGCUGUGGGCAGUGCCCUCUUCAGCAUUGUGGUGCCCAUCUUGGCCCCAGGGCUAGGUAGCACUCACAGCUCUGCCCUGUGUAGCCUGGGCUACUGUGUCUGGUAUGGCUCAGCCUUUGCCCAGGCUUUGCUGCUAGGGUGCCAUGCCUCCCUGGGCCACAGACUGGGUGCAGGCCAGGUCCCAGGCCUCACCCUGGGGCUCACUGUGGGAAUUUGGGGAGUGGCUGCCCUACUGACACUGCCUGUCACCCUGGCCAGUGGUGCUUCUGGUGGACUCUGCACCCCGAUACACAGCACGGAGCUGAAGGCUUUGCAGGCCACACACACUGUAGCCUGUCUUGCCAUCUUUGUCUUGUUGCCAUUGGGUUUGUUUGGAGCCAAGGGGCUGAAGAAGGCACUGGGUAUGGGGCCAGGCCCCUGGAUGAAUAUCCUGUGGGCCUGGUUUAUUUUCUGGUGGCCUCAUGGGGUGGUUCUAGGACUGGAUUUCCUGGUGAGGUCCAAGCUGUUGCUGUUGUCAACAUGUCUGGCCCAGCAGGCUCUGGACCUGCUGCUGAACCUGGCAGAAGCCCUGGCAAUUUUGCACUGUGUGGCUACGCCCCUGAUCCUCGCCCUAUUCUACCACCAGGCCACCCGCACCCUCUUGCCUUCUCUGCCCCUCCCUGAAGGAUGGUCUUCUCAUCUGGACACCCUUGGAAGCAAAUCCUAGUUCUCUUCCCACCUGUCAACCUGAAUUAAAGUCUACACUGCCUUUGUGAA